AUGAGGAUAAUCCCAUCAAGUUGGCACAAUGUUAAACUGACUCCGUGGUCCCAAAAGCCAAACCGGGCGAGUCCGGAUGCUACUCAUUGUAGCGAAACUCCCCGAGACCGAGUUCAACCGACGCAAUAUUUGGGUGCAUACGAAAAUGAUAUUUAUGGCUUAGAAGUUAAGGUCCUGUUGUUGAGAGUGGGUGGUGGAAUAGUGGACGUCCUUGGAUGGACCCGAUCCGCUAGCCGCGAGAUCGUCCCAUCGCGCGUUGGUCGUUGCACUGAUACGAUGCAUUGGAAAGUGGUAAAUGAAAUCUCACAUUCUUGA